CGCUUAGAUAGCAAUCGAGUUUGAAUCCCUCAAAGACCUAUCAUCAUUCAAGUAAUGCUAUUCUUUGUACUUUCAAAAUGUCCUAGAAAAACUCGAAAUGGAAAAAAAUGUGAAACUUGUAGACUUAUUUAUGAGUUAUGAUAAUAUGGAAAAUAAAAGAAUAUUGGAAGAACGAUUAAGAAAAGCAGCUUGUGUUGGUGAUACUGAUGUUGUUCAAGAAUUACUUAAUUUAGGUGUUGAUGUUAAUACACGACAUUCUGUUAAUGGAUGGACUCCUUUACAUUGGGCAUGUAAAAAAGGCUACUUAGAUGUAGCUGCUUUAUUGUUAAAAAAUGGUGCAGAUAAGAAUAUAAGAUCUGAAAUUGGAGAAACACCAGCAUUUUUAUGUACCAAUCCACAAAUUUUACAGCUUUUAGAUAUGCCAACUGAUUCUCAAAGAGUCUUAAGUGAACCAGCAGUUCAUAACAUAAUACCCAAAUAUAUUAAAAAUGAUUAUGUACAUGGAACUAUAGAUUCAGGAAUUUCUAAAAUAAAAAAUAAUGGUUUAUACCAAGAUGAAUUGGUAUUAAAAAUUCGUGUAGCCGAUGCUCCUGAUCCAGAUUUCAUAGAAAUAGAAUUACCACAAAAUGAUUUAUCAUACCAAACAUUAAUUCGUAUAUGUUGUCAAGAAUUGAAUAUUGAACCUAAUCAAAUUGUAAAAUUAAGAAAACUGCCCAAUACUAGGUUGAGAAAAGAUGAAGAUAUUCAAAGACUUCAGAAUUUUCAAGAAAUAGAAGUCGUCACAAAUGCUGUAAACACAUAUAAAUAUAUUCAAAAUACAAAUGGUAUUUCAAAUAACAUUCCAACAAUGCCAGCAAAUGGUUAUCAAAGUAUUUCUAAAAAAGAUCAGACUAUUUUAUAUUAAUUAUUAGUAUUACAAGUAGAAUGUUUUUGUUUUUUUCAUAUAAGUAGAUAUAAAAAAAUAUUUAAUUAAAAUACAUAUUAUUAAGUAUAUAAAAUUUCAAGUGCAAUAAUUACAAAUUUUAAAUAGAACAAAUGUUUAAGAUAAUAAUAAGUAGAAAAAUAAUUUUUUAACUUUGUUUACUAGAUUUAAUAAAGUAAUAUAAAAAUAAUCA